UGCAGAAUGGACGGUUUCAUCGAGGCCAGAGGGUGCGUCAUCGAGACUGGAUGGAUAUAAAUUGGUGGCGUUGAACGAGAAGAAUCACAGUACAAGCAGAGAACAACAGAACAACAAAGACAACAGAACAAGAGAACAGUUCAAUCAAGAUGACAUCCCAACCAAGGCCCCAGGGCACUCAGCAAGAAACCUCUGCUGGCUGUCCAGUGGGAGGACGGAUCCCCCCUCCUCCCGAAAGCAGAAACUACUUUACCAUGCCCAACGGCUGCCCCGUGGAGCAUCCGUUGCUGGCUGAAAGGGUCGACAAGAAGGUGAACAACAGCCGCUAUGGCUCUCAGCUCAUCCAGGAUCUCAACACAGUUGAGUCGGUUGUUCACGUCAGUCGCGAGAGAAUCCCCGAACGAGUCGUCCAUGCCAAAGGAGUCGGUGUGUUUGGAGAGUUCGAAACCACCAACCAAGACUGGAUCAAGAAAUACACCGACGCCAACUUCCUCCAGCCCGACUCCCACGGCAAGCCCAAGAAGACCAGGCUGCUGUCUCGGUUCUCGACCAUCGCUGGUGAGUCUGGCUAUCCAGACACCGUUCGAGAUGGCAAGGGCUGUGCCUUUAAGCUCUAUACCGAAGAGGGCAAUCUCGACUGGGUCUUCCUCAACCCGGAAGUGUUCAACAUCAGAGACCCGGCCAAGUUUGCCUCUCUGGUACACGCAAAGAAGCGUGAUCCUGCCACCAACUUGCUGGAUGCGAAUAUGACAUGGGACUUCUUCAACAACAACAUCGAAGUGUACAAUGCCUUGAUGCGAAACCUCACCGAUGAAGGGACCCCCUCCUCCUACUCUCGCCUGCUGAUUGCCAGCAUCAACACCUACACCUUUACCAAGAAGAAGAAUGACACCGAAUGGGACCACCAUCUGGUGAGAAUCAAGAUGCUGCCUGAUCCGCCAAUCGACCCGGAAAGAGACUACUUCACCCUCGACGAAGCAACCGCCAACGUGGGCAAAGACCCGGACUACCUGACCCGCCGGCUGUAUGAGGAGACCCAGAAUGGACCACAUCCCACGUGGAAGGUCUAUGCCCAGAUCUUGGAUCCGGCCAAGACGUCGAUCGAUGUUUUCGAUGCCACCAAAGUCGUGCCCGAAACGGACUGCCCGUGGACCGAGUUUGGCAAGAUCACGCUGAACGAAGUGCCCCAGAACUACUUUACCCAGAUCGAACAGGCUGCGUUCACGCCGGCCAACAUUGUGCCUGGCUGGGAUAUCUCUCCUGAUCCUCUGCUCCAAAUCCGUCUUCUCUCGUAUGGAGACUCGCAGCGAUACCGCCUGGGAGCCAACCAUGACCAGCUGCCGCCCAACAAGGCUUGCUCGUAUGUCUACGAUCCCACCAGGCGAAACGGCGCUUACAACAUGACCAACUAUGGCCACGUGCCGAACUAUCUCGGCAGCGUACUCAAGACGCUCAAGACCCCCGACCACUACAACAUCAGCUAUCUCAAGUGGCAGGGCGAGGUGAUGAGAUACCGGAGCACGGUGGAAGAUGUCGACUACAAGCAGUGCAGGGAGCAUUGGGACACGCUCGACAAACGCAUGAAGUGGCACUUCAUCUACAACUUGGGAUCCUCGCUUUCACCGGCCACGAAGCCUGUCCAGCAUGAAACCGUCCAAAUCUUUGGCAAAAUCUGGAGUGACAAAUAUGGGCAAAAGGACAAAAACAACAUAAACUGGAAGCAAGAACUGGAGAAAGAGCUCGCCCGGCGCGAGAAGAUCAACAAGGACCUGGGAAAGAAACCGGGGCUGGUGCCAGGCGGCGAAAAGGGAACGCCUCACUAUAUCCCGGGCACCGUGCCUGAUCUGUCGACUGAAGUGGGCAACCCCUACAAGCGCCUGGAUUUGAAUUUGAAUUAGGAUGCAGUCGGUUAUAGGUGAAUCAUGGAUUCGAUAUGACGUUUACAAUCCGAUUACUUGACCUGAAGUAGACAAUAUUUCCGCAUUCGGAAACAAUUGUAUGGAUGACAUAAUGUCUGGGGACAAUAAUAGAUUUUCAAUGGAUUUAACUCUGGCCUUAUGAUUAACUGAUAAAACUCACCAGAGCCUGACUCCAUACCAUCGCAUGACUUGUGUUGGGCAUAUUGUCUUCACCUUAGGCAUAUAUACUUGAUGACUGUGCAUGCAUUACGGGGAUCAAAGCCUAUAACAUGCUAUUACUAAAUGCAUAAUAUAAUGAUACUCCAUGAUUCCACUUGCAAAUAUCAUAUGCAAUAAUGCUACUCUACAGCUGAGAUAACUGGGACAAGCUUGUCCUCAUCUCAAUGCAAUAAAGCC